CGUCGCACUCGGACCGGGCUUUAUUCCUUUGGUAUUCUUCGGUAUGGUUCAGCCGACUACCCUAAAGAAAAAGCAUUCCCUGGUGGGGAAAAGUUUGCUGCCGCUGUUCGCACGGUUCAAUGGUAGCCCUGAUGAGCCCAGAGAGUUGGCUAGGAUGGACAAGGAUCAACCUUUGGAGAAUCUGGAUUCCGAUGGUAUCGCCACAGCCUUCAAGAAACUCACCGGAGAAAACAUCGGAGACGUCCUUGCCGCCCUCGGCAAACAAAGUGGAGCUGGAGUGGCUUUAUUGCACCAUGCAAUUGUGCUAGCGAACGAAAUCGGCCAGCCAGUAGGGCAGCCCCUUAGGGACCCGCCCAUCACUCCACCGGGUGUUUCGGAUGAUGUAAGUGAGCCACCGAGGAAGGUGCAGAGGAUAGCGUGCCAGGCGACCGUAGCUGAUCCAGUGCAGAAGGCAAAGGCGAAGGGCAUGGACAUUUUGGGUUACGAAAUCCAGGAUUGGGAAUUCCAGAUUCCGUUUGAUCCGCAGAGAGCAGUAGCAUCCAAGCAUCUGUCGCCGCAGUGGACAACUCUGGAUGGGCGUGAACCUCGGCUUUCCACCCACCAAUGCCCGGAUUUUGAAAGCGUUAUAAAUGACGGUAUGGCGAGUCGGCGGCGUCUUUUGUCGGGCAUCGAUUUGCAGGGCAUAAACAAUCGUUUGGAUAUCUUGGAUGAGCGACACUUGAACUCCGAAAUGGUUAAAAGGAAAACGAGUGAGCAGCUUAGUUUGGAGCAUUUUUUCUCAUUGUUGCCUUUUCAUGUCAAUAUUCAGUCUUGUACUCCUCAACAUCUAAGGCGGUAUUUGGUUUGGAGGGAUGUGGAUGGCAAAACAAAAGUUCAUGAUGUAAAGUGUCUGUUUUUGGGAGACAAAUCGUUAUCAACAUGUCUUUGCCCGACAAGAUUAGCCCAUGGUACUCUUAUAACCAUUGUUCAAAGAUUAUCAAAAAUAUUUGAGGAAGAAGGCAGGGGGAAGGAAUGGUGUACGAAAUCGGAAACCGGAAAUCCCGCAAAAUCAAAUGUCAUAAAGCUGUACUUGAAGCAAAUUUCGGAAGAGCAGGCUAAGGCCCAGAUAGUUCCAAAACAGGCCAAGCCGUUAUUUCUCUCUAAAUUGGAGAAAAUCUCUUCUUACAUAGAUAACCAGUUGUCUAGGCCAGAUAUCACUUUGCGUCAGCGUUUCGUUUUGUUUCGAGACCAGGCGUUCUUUAGGUUACAAUUUUUUGCGGGUGACAGGGUUUCCGAUUUAUCGGGCGCUCCUAGUCAAUCGGUUAGAUAUCUUGCUGAUAACACUGGCAUGGCUGUUUCGCAUACAUAUACGAAAGUCAUAAGAGGAGAUGGGAGGUGUAACACCUUUGUUAUCAAGAGAUGUGAUAACGCGGCUCUAUGCCCCGUAAGCGCACAGGAGCGCUACUCAGCUUGGGCCAAAAGCGCUGGGGUAGAUCUUUCGCUAGGUUACCUCUUUAGGCUAGUAAGUGACUCGGGUAAGGUAUUAGAUCAAUGUGUCUCAUAUGCAGUGAUGUAUUCCCGCUUGUUGGAGUAUUUGACGACGCUCAAUAUCUACGAGGGGGAGACACCUCAUAGUCUCAGGUCGGGUUGUGCCAUAACGUUGAAGUUGUCCGGGGCGGCUGACUCCAAUUCCCAGACUAUGAGGCAUGUUGGUUGGUUCAAAGAAUCUUCAUGCAGUUAUUACAGUCGUGAGGAUUCUUUGAAAGAGCCGGCGCAGUUGGCUCAGAGGUUAGCUUCGUCACCAGCUUUGUCGGGAAAGAUUGAAUCUGAUUACCAACGCUAUGCAACAUUUAACACUUUGAAUCAUGCAAUCUAGGUGUCGUUUUGUUAAUGUAUUGGUCUUGGUUCUGAUAAUCCAUUUCUGUCGAGUGUGUCCAUAAUUGUAUCACUUUUAAGGUAGCGUUUGUAAUUGAUAAACUCUUGUCAAAUGGGUUGAAGGUUUAUAUUUUCUGUAAUUAA